GCAGCUUAUUUCUCCCCUGCAGACUGACUCCGGUUCACUCCAAUGGAGAUCUCAGGCAUAAAAGGAGGAGACGGUAGGGAUUCGUUCGGUUGACUAAGAGAAAAACAGAGAAGGGGAGAGAGGGGAAGAGGAGGUAGAAAGAAGAAGAGGUGGUCGUAGCUAGAGGGGAGGGGAUAAAGGCCAAAAGUGAACGAACGGCGUUAUAUUCCGGCGACGCCGACAUCUACAACUAGAACAGUGCCGAUCCGCGCUAGCGGAUGAACGCGGGAUCACGACAGCCGCGUCCCAAUAAACAAGAAGAGGCAUAAAACUGGCGUGUUCCUCCUCCUCCACCACGAACGCCGACAAUAAUUUAAUAAUUUUUUGCGAGUGUCUUGUGUUUGUGCGACAGUUCUAGUGUCCGUGUUCUCUUCUCUCAUCGCCGAAUGAAAUCCAGCGUGACGCCUGCAAGAGCGGCCAUUCAUUAUCAACUCAAGUUCAUCGCAGUGGAAGCUAAAAAUAACAGCAUAAUAGUAAACGGAAAUUUCUUCUCAUUUGUUGGCGAACAUCCAAACCACCGUCGCUAAAAGUUAAAAGAAAAACAGUGCUGCUACAGUAACUUAUCUCAUUCAUUCAUGCCUGGCAUCAUCGUCUUCCAACGAAGAUGGGGCGUCGGCAGCGACGAUCUCGUCGUACCCGGAAUCUCACUCACGCUUAUUCACGCCAUUUGGUUGAUUGUAGUUGCAGUCACGCUGGGACUUGACAACGAAUACGGGAACAACGGAGGCGUAAACGAAAAUGAUGCCUGCGAAAAUGUUCUCCGGCUCUUGCUCAUCAUCAAAACAGCUCUUUUGGGCGUGUCGCUAUUGCUGGAAAUCUCCAUGGCGUGGCUAGCUCUGCGCGGCACCAUGUGGAACGUCCAUCCUCGACGCUUUAUGGAGUACGUGCUCUACAGUCGAUUACUUGUUUUAGUAGCUGAAAUGGUCUGGUCGUCGUUUAGCAUCGUCUGGCUCCACGGUUCAUACAUCGCGUGUCCGGCAGGCAUGGACAAAGAAGUUCUUUUAGGUUCAGUCAUUUGUGAUUUGUGCGUAGCACUUAGCGUGCUCAUCACCAUUUGGUGCACGUUCGACCGUGCCGGCCGUUCGUGGGUUAAGAUGACGCGAUUCCAGCGGAGCAUGAAAGAAGGGGAAACAAAGUAUCACUACAAACGAUCAGGCAAUCACAGACCCAACUGGAGGCAGAGGAAAGUGAUGAGGACUUACCAAGAUACGUGGAAUCACCGAUGUAAGAUCCUCUUCUGUUGUAUGAGCCGCUCUGAUCAAUACAAGGAUUCCUUUUCGGAAAUUGCCCGCCUGCUGACGGAUUUCUUCCGCGAUUUGGAUCUCGUGCCGACGGACAUUGUGGCCGGUCUCGUUCUGCUCAGGAAACAACAGAAAAAAUUGCAGGAAACGCUAGUCACUCAGGACCAAAACGACAUUUACGAGUUCUUGUCGGGAGUGGCUGUCACUUCCAGGACACGAUUCCUUUCCUUGCACGAACCCGACCAAUUGGAAGCUUUCCAAUUGACUGCCCAUUACAUGAAAUUCGCCCUGGCUGCUUACGGCUGGCCCAUGUAUCUGCUGGGCCAUUCCAAGACUGGAUUGUGCCGUCUCGUAUCUCACAUAAGAUGCUGUUGUCGCUGCGGGGGCGGUUCACCAGUUUCUUCCGACGUUGGCGACGUUUUACCUGUUGUGGUGGGAGAUACGUGCAGCGGAUGUCACCUGGCCGCGUUGAAACAGUCCAUCGGGCAUGUCGACUACGAGGUCAUAUUUGCUUCCUUCCACGUCGACGUGGCAGAAACGCCUUUCUUUGUUGCCAUCGAUUACGACCACCAGAGCGUCGUGGUCAGCAUUCGAGGGACCAUCAGCAUGAAGGACGUGAUAACGGACCUUCACGCCGAAGCAGAGCCUAUUCCUCUUCAGUUAACACGAGAUGAUUGGUUUGGCCACAAGGGCAUGGUGCAAACAGCUUCGUACAUUCGCAACAAGUUGGAGAAGGAAAAUUUGCUGGGACAGGCGUUUGCUCAUAAUCCGGAAAGAGGCACACCGGAUUUUCGUCUUGUUCUAGUCGGGCACUCUUUAGGCGCUGGAACAGCAGCUAUUUUGGCAUUGCUCCUCCGUCACGAGUAUCCUCAUGUUCAUUGUUACGCUUAUUCGCCUCCUGGAGGAUUAUUAAGUUUACCUGCCGCUGAGUUCACGAAAGAGUUCGUGACAUCGAUAGUCGUUGGCAAGGAUGUUGUGCCUCGGCUGGGUCUCCACCAGCUAGAAACGCUGAGAUCCAGUCUCAUGACAGCCAUCAACAAGAGCACCGAUCCAAAAUGGAAGAUUUUGGCUUCUAGCAUGCUUUGCUGCGGCCAACGCAAAGACACCGCCUCCAAAAUGACAAAUAGUCCCGUCGUAUCCAUCGAGGAAGGGGCUGGAGGAGGUUCCAAAGAUGUGCCUUCUACUGCAGGCGUCCUAACCAAACAUCCAUCCGAUACCAACAUCUCACUGUCAACUCAUCAGCCACUCUAUCCGCCCGGUCGUAUCAUUCACAUCGUUAGGCAACAUCCAAAAUCAUCCGAUAGAUCGGAUCGAAGCUCUAGCUGUCCUACAACGACCAAGGAUCUUCAACCGGAUCCCAUUUACCAGGCUUUGUGGGCCGACACUAUCGAUUUCAACGAAGUGCUCAUCUCUCCUGUUAUGGUUCACGAUCACAUGCCAGACACAGUCCUCGGCGCCAUCAACAAGGUUCUCUCGUGUCACGGGCCGUCCAAACCUCAACGAGUCACGUCGGAACCUCUGUUGAAGGAUGACCAGGCGGAUUAUCAACCGGGCCUCAUCGUCGAUGGUUCCCUCCUGAUGGCAGCCAGCAUUACUCCUUCGCCAGUCAUGGUGGCCGGCCAGCGUUCAUUUUUGGAAAAUAAUAGCUUGACAUCGAUUGACCGCAGUCCAACGAUUGGCCAACGAUCUCCCGACGUUGCCAAAGAAACGCCUUAUUCCAGUAGCGUUCCUGCCAAUUCUUGUUACAUGUUGCAACCGCCUUCGUGGUUGAAUCCUCAAGUUCGGCGAGCCACAACCAGCAAUUUGCCGGCCAUGUCAGCGGCUGGAUGGAAUUUUAAUCCUCUUCAACACUAUCCAGCUGAUGGCGAGGAUCUUUCAGAUUACAGCAAUCGAUUAUCGGCGCCCAUUGCUACUCCCGAAACACUUUCGGGCGGGUCCAAUAGCUCCGUUUCCAGCCUGGCCAAACGGGCGCACAAAUUCCUGCGAAGAGACAAAGAUGCAUCCACGAGUAAAAAAAAGGAAUUACCGAAACAGUACAGCGGCAGUAGUUCAAGCGUGUACGAAAUGACUGAAUCGAGCAGCGUCUAUUGCGCGUCUCCGAUGAGUAGCGCCAAGACGACCACCGGGCAGACGCGGGCCAGCAGGGCGCAGUUGAAGCGCGAAAUUAUGCGACUGUAUCAGAGGGCCGCAGCUGACGUGGACAAAAUCGAACAGACGCCUUCAUCCGACCAGCCUACCAGUUCAACCAGCAGUCACUCUCGAUCGGCGAGCAGUUCUAGUCAAUCACAACCUUCGCGAUUGUUCCCUGUGCUGGAACCAACUUCGCCCGUCUUCGGCUGUCGAAAUGGAAGCAAUUCAGACGAUCACAGCGGAUACGCUCUCAGUCCUGUAGCGUCACGCCCUGCGACCGCUAACGGCGUUACAGACAGCCGGCUGUCUCCUUCAGGCAGACCCAAUUUGCCUCCUUGUAACACGUCAUUCUAACGAGGAAGAAAAAUAAUUAUAAACUGCAGAUAGCUAAAAAAUAAAAAAACUGCUCCAGGUACAAAAAAAAAUGGUGGGAAAGAGAAUUUUCAAUUUUUCUCCAAUAGGCGAAAAUUGGUUUCAGCGAAGAGAUCUCCUGUUGGAUUGAAUGUCUCGAACACGUAUGUGUUUACACAGCUCUUAAGAAGAAGAAGAAGAAAAAAAAAAGGAAAGAUAUUAAAUAAGAGAGGAAUCAAGGGGAAACGGAGCUUGAACGGAAAUGGAUUGCUACGGGAUUGCAGAAGCAUGACACUUCCAAUCCCUUUUGCCCAACGCCGCGAGAAAAUUGAGUUUCGAUCGCUUUGCAAGUAGCAUGUCAGCAAGACAGGGCUCGAUGGAACAAGAUCAGUGGAGCUGCACUUCUCAGGAGCUAAGAUUGACACAUUCCCUGCCAUCCUCUUCUUCAUUGUAUUCUAGCUUCUUUUCCACUUAUUUACUCUGCCGUAGUCGUGGAGAUCGUUAAGUUGAAAAGGGAGCCGAUAAUCCAAAGGUUCCAAUGGUUUUCGACAGCCGUUACGAAUGUGUUCUCGUUUUACUGUCCUGUCAUCAACUGUUUUCAGUUGACAUUUUGAUUUUAUCUCUCCGACUUACUCGUUGUUCAUCACCGCGUUCAAGUUUUAACCGUUCCAGUGCGACGCCAAUCUUCUCUAUCGUCCGUUUUCAACUGCCUGUUCAGAACAACUGGUCCGUUGUGGACAAAUGGAUGGAAUCAUCCUUUGCAGAUGCUUUUUCUUUUGAGUUCCAGUUUGAAAUGUUUGUUGUUUUUUUCGAUUGUUUCCUGUAUUGCACAGACAUGUAGACACAAUGUGAACACCCACGACAGAAACAAACACACCCAUAAUACACGGUAACACUUA